AUGUCUGAAAUGGAUUCUACUCAUAUAAAAUUCCCGCCCUAUAUGCUUUACUGUGUCUUGGUUUCCUGUCUUGGCGCCUUCAGUAACGGCUGGGUUAUCGGGUCGCCCAAUGUGCCAGGAGAAGUGACACAUCACUGCAUCAAUGGAUCCCACUAUGCUUACUCUCGGUUCUUUCCUGAUUGUUUACCAAUGGAUGACGCUUUAUGGGGAUUUGCCGUCGCUUCGUUUUGCAUAGGUGGGCUCAUUGGCGGUUUAUCCGGUGGCACGAUACAAACAAGGCUAGGUCGAAAAAAGACCAUCAUUCUAAAUAACCUUGGUUUUAUCAUUGGUGGCAUUCUGAUCUCAUGCGCUAUUUCUCCCUUCAUGUUUAUCAUCGGACGUAUUCUCUGUGGUAUUUCCUGUGGAAUUGGCUCGUUAACAAUUCCAAUUUAUAUUGGGGAAAUAGCAACCAUACCUAUGCGUGGUGCAAUGGGGACAUGCAACCAAUUUUUCAUUGUGAUUGGCAUUUUACUCUCGACUAUUGUUGGACUUUUUUUAGCCAACGUACCACUUUGGCGUCUUAGUUAUGUGAUUGUUGCUAUACCUGCCAUCAUUCAGUUCUUUCUUAUGAACACUUGUGUAGAGUCUCCUCGUUACCUUAUUUCUAUCAAUCGUAUAAAGGAAGCUAAACAAACGUUACAGAAGCUAAGAAGUAAUGCAUCGAUUGAUGUCGAAUUUUAUAGUAUGCUCGAAGGACACUUUGGCAUGGCUACUGCUCAAUCUAUGAUUCAAGAGCUUGAUCUAACCAUUGAAAAGACAGAGUAUGAUAGCGUUGAAGUAACAGAUGGAACAACGCCUGCCAAACUUGUGGAUACCCAAACGACUAUAGCUACCUCACAACCCCCUGAAGCCAUGAAUGUUGUCCAGAUCUUUAUGGAUCCUGUCAUCCGUCGUAUCUCCCUAACCAUCGUCUGCCUUCACGCCUUCCAGCAGCUUGUGGGCAUUAAUGCCGUCAUGUAUUACUCUACCAAGAUAUUCACUUUGGCAUUUGAUCAAGAAGUCUCCAAGUACAUGACAAUCAUUGCCACUGUUGUUAACUUUGUGAUUACUAUCGCAGCCGUUGUCUUGGUCGACCGUAUGGGUCGUCGUCCGCUUCUCCUUGCUGCCAAUGCAGGUGCAUGUAUCUUUUGUACCCUAUUGGUCAUAGGAUACGUCUACACCAUUCCUUCUCUUCUCGUCGUCUCUGUGUUUUUAUAUGUCGCAUCAUUUGCUAUUGGUAUUGGUCCUAUUCCUUGGAUGAUGACCUCCGAGCUGACACCUACAUAUGCCUCCUCCUCAGUAGGAUCGAUGGGCACAUGUGUCAAUUGGUCAGUUAAUUUCUUGAUUGGACAGUGCUUCCCUGUCGUCUUUGCACAUAUUGCUGGCUAUUCCUUUGUCAUCUUUGCCGUCUUUGCUGCCCUGUCGUUCUUAUUUACCUUGUUUUUCUUGCCCGAAACAAAAGGAAAGUCAUUAGAAGAUAUUGUAAAGUCGUAUGAAAAGCAUAGAAAGUAA